AACCUGUUUUGCCUUGAGAUGUGGUUCAGUCCAUUGACUAACAUCGAUCCCCGCCUCCCAGCCCCUCUUCAAAUGAUGGAGACACAGGACAGGGAGCUCUCAGUGCUGGGCUUCCCCUUGCUGGCAGGCAGGUCUCUUCAACUUUGUCCUCUGCUGUUUAAUAACUGCUUGAAAUCCUGACUUUCUCCUUUAGCUUUAAUAUUUUCUUCCUUUGUCUGUCUUCAUGUUGACAUAUUCUAGUCAGUAGAUUUGAUAAAGUCCACUCCCCCCCCCCUUUUUUUUUUUUUCUAAAAGGGAAAACAAUAUGCUUCCUAGUCACAGCUGAGAUAAGGGAGGGGUUUCUUAGUGGUACGGGAGCGGCUGGUCGGAGGCUGCCGCUUUGCUCCAGUGCUUGCGGUCGGUUCAUGCUGGGACAGCUCUUUGUGAAGCAGAGGGCGAAGGGGGCUGCCGGCUGGUGCUGCUGAGGAAGGAGAUGGAGCGCUUCUUGGGCUUCGUCAAGCAGAUAAGGAGAUCGAGAAGAAGAAAAGGCAAAAAGUACCGGCCGGAGGAGGAUUACCACGAGGGCUACGAGGACGUCUACUAUUAUGCCUCAGAGCAUUUUCGAAAUGAGAGUCCUUACACAAAGUCUGCAAACCAGGCAAAGGCACCUGAUGGAGCACUGUCUGUGAGGAGACAGAGUAUUCCAGAGGAAUUCAAGGGCUCAACAAUAGUUGAAUUAAUGAAAAAAGAAGGCACCACCCUAGGGCUUACAGUAUCGGGUGGAAUCGACAAGGAUGGGAAACCAAGAGUAUCUAACCUUCGUCAAGGAGGAAUCGCUGCUAGGAGUGACCAGCUGGAUGUAGGGGACUACAUCAAAUCUGUGAAUGGAAUCAACCUGACCAAAUUUCGCCACGAUGAGAUCAUCAGCCUGCUCAAGAACGUUGGCGAGAGGGUUGUUUUAGAAGUGGAGUAUGAGCUGCCUCCAGUCUCUGUACAAGGAUCGGGUCUCAUCUUUAGAACAGUGGAAGUUACUUUACAUAAAGAGGGGAACACUUUCGGAUUUGUAAUAAGAGGUGGAGCACACGAUGACAGAAAUAAAUCUCGUCCUGUUGUAAUAACAUGUGUUAGACCUGGAGGGCCUGCUGACAGAGAGGGCACAAUCAAGCCCGGAGACAGGCUGCUGAGUGUUGAUGGGAUCCGACUGCUCGGAACAACACAUGCUGAAGCCAUGAGUAUUCUCAAACAAUGCGGACAGGAGGCGACUCUGCUGGUUGAAUACGAUGUCUCAGUGAUGGAUUCCGUAGCAACAGCGUCUGGGCCACUGCUAGUUGAAGUUGCCAAAACUCCUGGUGCUGCUCUUGGGGUUGCACUAACUACCUCGAUGUGCUGCAACAAACAGGUCAUUGUCAUAGACAAAAUCAAAUCUGCGAGUAUUGCAGACAGAUGUGGUGCAUUACAUGUAGGAGACCAUAUUCUGUCCAUUGACGGCACCAGCAUGGAGUACUGUACGCUUGCAGAAGCAACGCAAUUUUUGGCUAAUGCAGCGGAUAAUGUCAAACUUGAGAUCCUUCCUCACCACCAGACACGGCUAGCACUGAAAGGCCCGGAGCACGUGAAGGUUCAAAGAAGCAACAGGCAACUUACCUGGGACUCGUGUGCCAACAGCCACAGCAGCCUCCUCACCUACCACCAUUAUAACACCUACCACCCUGACCAUUGCAGGAUGCCAGCCUUGAAAAUCCAGAAAGCGUCUCCUCAAAAAAGCCUUCCUUUGGUGUCUUCAUCCUUCUCUCCUACCUCCAUGAGUGCAUACAGCCUGAGUUCCCUGAACAUGGGGACCUUACCUCGCAGCCUCUACUCCACCAGCCCGCGUGGGACAAUGAUGAGGCGGAGGAUGAAAAAGAAGGACUUCAAAAGCUCCUUGUCCUUAGCCUCUAGCACUGUUGGUUUGGCUGGGCAGGUCGUCCACACAGAAACCACAGAAGUAGUGCUGACAGCUGACCCCAUAGUAGGGUUUGGGAUACAGCUCCAGGGUAGCGUGUUUGCUACUGAGACCUUGUCUUCUCCACCUCUCAUUUCCUAUAUUGAGUCUGACAGUCCGGCGGAAAGGUGUGGGGUGCUGCAAAUAGGAGACAGAAUAGUGGCAAUAAACGGUGUCCCGACGGAAGACAGCACAUUUGAUGAGGCCAAUCAACUGCUCAGAGACUCCUCUAUCACCAACAAGGUCACUUUGGAAAUAGAAUUUGAUGUUGCAGAAUCAGUUAUACCAAGCAGUGGAACAUUUCAUGUAAAACUACCAAAGAAGCAUAAUGUGGAACUUGGCAUCACCAUAAGUUCUCCAUCCAGUAGAAAACCAGGGGACCCUCUGGUUAUUUCUGAUAUCAAGAAAGGAAGUGUUGCUCACAGAACUGGGACACUCGAACUGGGUGAUAAGUUGCUUGCAAUAGAUAACAUUCGACUUGACAAUUGCUCAAUGGAAGAUGCUGUCCAGAUCCUUCAGCACUGUGAGGACCUUGUAAAGUUAAAGAUCCGCAAAGAUGAAGAUAAUUCCGAUGAACAAGAGAGCUCUGGAGCAAUUAUUUAUACUGUUGAGCUCAAGCGCUAUGGUGGGCCUCUUGGAAUUACAAUCUCUGGUACUGAGGAGCCUUUUGAUCCCAUAAUCAUUUCCAGCCUUACAAAAGGAGGAUUAGCUGAAAGGACUGGGGCAAUUCACAUAGGAGACAGAAUCCUAGCAAUAAACAGUAGCAGUCUGAAAGGAAAACCUUUGAGUGAAGCCAUUCAUUUAUUACAGAUGGCAGGAGAAACUGUCACCUUGAAAAUCAAGAAGCAGACAGAUGCUACCAGUCCCAAGAAAUUUUCUGUCCCUGUGGGUCACAUAAGUGAACUGAGUGAUGCUGAAGAUGAAACCUCUGCUGCACAGAAAUCUGGCAAACUCUCAGACAUCUAUUCCACUACAGUCCCAAGUGUUGACAGCGCCGUAGAGUCAUGGGAUGGCUCUGGUAUUGAUACCAGCUUUGGAAAUCAAGGACACAGCUAUCAGGCUUCGGGAUACAACUUCAAUACCUAUGAAUGGAGGAGUCCCAAACAGACUAGUUUGUCCCCUCCAAGCAAACCACGAAACCACCCAUUUCACGAUACAGGGCUGAGUGAUGACGAAUGGGACCGACCUCCAGCAAGCAGCACAGCUUCCAAGAAUAUGUGGCAACAGAAGGAGACUGAGACAUUGGGAGAGAACCGAGAAAACCAGUUAAAGCAAACUUCUGUAGAAAGAGCAGGGGGAGACAUCAGGAGCAUGAAGAAAGAGGGCAAGAUGUGGAAGGGUGCCUCUGGUGGGCAAAGGAAAGGUGGGGGACAGCUGGAAGAGUGGAACACUUCCAGCUUCGCAGGUACCCAUGAUAACACCGAGGCUGACCAGGAGGAAAAUUUCUGGUCUCAGGCUCUGGAGGAUUUAGAGACCUGUGGCCAGUCAGGAAUUCUGAGGGAACUAGAGGACAAGGCUGACAGGCGUCUGUGUUUGAGAAACAUGACUCUCUUGGCCACAAUUAUGUCAGGAAGUACAAUGAGUUUGAAUCAUGAAAACCCACAACCUCGUAAUCAGCUGGGAAGACAAGCCAGCUUCCAGGAAAGAAGUACUGUACGGCCACAUUACAGUCAAGCUACUCGUAGCAACACAUUGCCAUCGGAUGUGGGGAGAAAGUCCAUGGUUCUGAGAAAAAUUAAGCAAGAAAUGAAAGAAAUCAUGUCACCAACUCCUGUGGAGUUACACAAGGUAACUUUGUACAAGGACUCUGAUGGAGAAGACUUUGGGUUCAGUGUCUCAGAUGGUUUAUUGGAAAAAGGAGUGUAUGUUAAAAACAUUCGACCAGCUGGCCCUGGCGAUCUGGGAGGUUUAAAACCAUACGACAGACUUCUACAGGUAAACCACGUUCGCACCAGAGACUUUGACUGCUGUCUAGUUGUGCCCCUCAUCGCAGAAUCUGGCAAUAAGCUGGAACUGGUGAUUAGCAGAAACCCGCUGGCAUCUCAGAAAGGAAGCUCAGAACAACAGACUUCAGCGAGUGGGGAGUGGAGCGAUCAGAACAAUGCCUUCCUUCAAAAGAGUGGACACGCUAGUGUUAAUGCAGAGACACGGGAUCCUACAAAUACAUUAUAGCAGAAAAUCAUUUUAGUGGGACAUUCGGUAACGAAAGACAAUUAUGGUGCUAAAUCCCUCUAAGAUUUCUCUGAGAUUGAGGCUCAGAUGCUAUCUAGCACUGAAAAGCACAGGAGGUCAGUCUGUCUGUCUCAAGGCUUAUAUUAAUUCUUGGUUACUUUUGAAAAAGUUUUAAUUCUUCAUUUAGUCAAGUCAUUCCAUUCUGAACAGUCUAGCAUUAGCAACAGUACAAAAAAAUCGUAAGGGCCUUUUCCCCCCGCCCAAGUAAGAAACUGGGGAGAUAUUUUAAACAUGAUUUAAAUGUUCCUCUCCCUUCAGCAGCAGCUGCUGUUUGAGGGAAAAGCACGGAGUUAACCUCUGGUACCAGCAGUGGUCCAGGUUACAUGGUUUUUAAAAACAUUUUAUUAGAAAGGAGCUGUCUGACGGACAAGGAAGAGCAGUAUGCUGCACUGGGUUGUCUUUGUUAAAUGGCUAGAUCUGUAAUUUUGGGGACCUUUAUUCUGCCGGCAAGAAGGGUGCAUGGUGUAGAAGUUUUAACAGAAUGGUUGCAGGAAGCUGCAGUAUGGGGUGAAUGUUACUCCCCCACCUCGGUAAAUUCUGUUACAGCGUAUGUUACUCCCUAUGCAAUGAAAUGUUUAAUGGUGUGUCUGGCAACCUGUGGGGAUUUUUACAGAGAGACCUUUUUAAUGGGAUAAAACCUCUGAAGAAGGAUUACUGAUGAGUAAAACUGAAAUGAGUUCAGACAAAUUAGAGAGGUUUUAAAAGAAAAUGGCUUUUUUUAAACUAUGUCAGUGGAAGAUUGAUACAAAAGCUCUUAAAUGAUCCACAAACCUGUAAACUUGUACUGUCACACGUGAGCUUUUUAAGUCGGUCAACAAUUUCUUGAAGGGACAAAAGUCGCAUUUAAUAUGCUGUUUUCAGCCUUCUUUAUGAUAAACAUUACCCCCUGCAACACGUUUUUAGAAUUUAAAAUUGUAAAUAUAUUUUACAAACACAUCACACAGAUUCUCUCCUCUCCCCCCAAGCAAUAAAAUACUGCCAGUUGCUUUAUAUGCUCACCAGCAGCUGCUUUGGUUUAUUCCAGUAUUCAAGUUGUUAUUAGUAAUUCUUGUUAUUGGUGAAUAUAAAGAUACUGGAUUUGUACAUUUGUAGAGUCUCCAUAUCUCAGCAAUCACCUUACAGAGUUGUUUCUGGUCACUUUAACCUGUUUAACUGUAUCCCUGUUGCUGUUUCCAAUACAUGAACAAGCUCACCUGCCUUGCACACAAAAGUAUCUCUGAUUUCUAUUUAUUUCAGCACUGCCAGAGGAGGUCAGAAUGACAUUCAAUACUGAAUCAUGUUAAAAAAAAAAAAAAAAAAAGAAAAAAGAAAACAACCAACUUCAUGAGUCACU